UCUCGCCCUCCUCUCUCGUCAACGCGUCAACACUCAGCGCCGGGCUCAGUGAAGGACGUUAGGUCCAACUCUUGGCUUACAUCAUGGCCUCCUUUCUCUCGAAGGUCUUCCCGCGCAAGAAGGAGAAAGACGCGAGCAAGCGCGCCUCUGUUUCUUCUCUCCUCGAGGGCAAGUUCGAAGCCGUCUCUCCCACAGUCUCGCCAUCUGCGGCCAAGUUCGAAGAGGAUUCCCAGAAUGCCAAGGACAGAGGUCGAUCAAAGGAGAAAGAGAAGGAGAAGGAGAGGGACACCGGUUUCUCGCUCUUCAGGACCAAGUCUCGUCCCCUUUCACCUCCCCCCGACACGCGCAAGACCGUGCUGGAGACUCCUCGUCUUACUCUAAAUCUUCCGGUUCCGAAGGAAGAACGUAGCCGCGCACUGGGAGUCGUGUUUGAGGGUGAUCCAGAUGACAGGAUAGCUCUACCUGACAACGUGAUCGGCGAGCGACGACUCAACCCGCUCGAGGCGCUGCUCCUUGUCAAAGCGUGUUCUUCAGCGAUCAUCGCGAAUGGAGGUCUCGAAACUUUGGGGGUCAUGCACCCGUUUUGGUACUCGGCCUCCCCCGAGGUGCAGCGCAAACUCAUCUCCUUAUUCAUACUUUCCUUGGCUCCCAAAAGCCCGAUCACCACGCUCUCUCCCAGUCCUAACUCUGCCCUCUCGACCUUUGACACCGAGUUGGUGUACACUCGCUCGCCCCAUGACAUCGCUGCCGUGCUGCGCUGGGCGUUGCGUCACCUUCGUCUCGAAGGCGAGUCGUUUGGACGCGUCGAUGAGCCAUGGAAGUGGUACCAGGUGUUUUCGGAAGCAGAGAGGACAUCAUCGUACGCAACGAACGCGUUUUCGGACGCGUUGGCACCGCAACUUCCUCCCUCACAUCUCCAACUGCUCAUCGCCACCCUCGAUAUCGUAUCUUCUCUCGCUGCGCACUCAGAGCACAAUGGUAUCUCUGGUAGCAAGCUCACCAAGUUCUUUGGGCUCUGGCUACUCACCGCGCAGAGGAGCGAACAAACGGAUGACUGGGCGUCGUUCUAUGCUCGCUGGGAACGAGCCGGUCGAAUUCUGGAGCAUCUAUUCUUGGCACACAUAAGAGAUGAGAUGGCACGCAAGAAGAUUCCACUGCGACUUGCUGAACUCGUGAAGGGAUAUCCGUACCACAACAGAAGUCCUUCCGCGGACAGUGCAGUCUCGGUCGAUACGGACCUCUUGCCUCGUCCUCGGCUCUCCACUCGGCAAUACGACGCGCUUUACGUUCGGGUCGACACCGAAAUAGUCGAUGGAAAGUCCACAAAGCAGAAACAACACCCCCUCCGCCUAAUCUCAGAUGCCCUCAAGUCCGACUUGGAGCUAACAGAUGCGAAGUUUGCGAGCAUUUGGGAGACGGUGAAGACUGCCGCCCUUGCCAACGACGAGCCUGAGCCUAUCCUCUCGCACGUCGACGGGUAUCCAUCCGUAUCGCGGAUAUUUGCAGACGAGACUAUUCGCCUGCUCUCUGUCAUACCGGCGGGUUCUUCGGGCCCAACGACCCCGGGCGUGCCGACUAUCCGAGUACCGCGUCCUCCGCGCAAGCGUUCGGGCUCGCUCAAAUCGAGCAGCGCCGCGAAAGGUACGGCCAACGGUAACGGAAAGGCCCCCACCAAUGGCACCGCGGUAGCUCGUACCGCCGCCACGCCUACAUCCCCUAACCCCCCUAGCUCUCCGAAGGACUGGGUGGACUUCUCAUCUGCAGGCUUUGGGGAGAGCACACUCGGCAAGGACUUUGUUGCCACCUUACUUGACAAGGAUGUCGAAGUCACUGCACCCCGCCCGGUGGUGGAGCGCAAGACCAGCAGGAAACGCAAGGCGUCCCCCGGCCGCUCGCGUGGUAACUCCGUCGCCACCUCCGAGCCCGAGCCCUCAGCCCGCGCGCAGCCGCUCAGCCCAGUACCUGCGCCGAAGUCCAAGUCUACGGUCGUCAGCAUGUUAAAGCUCGACGAGGCUUUCAUCGACUUCUGGAGCGACGCGCUACUCGACCCGGUCUCUGCUGAAUGGCCCAAUUUCGUCGUUGCCCAGCUCAAGGCCCUCCCUGGCCUUGAGAUCGACGGCAAGCCUAUCAGCUGGCUCGUCCUCGAGCAGCGCUACGUUACACCUCCGCCACCGCCUGCGCCGGUCUCUGCGGAAUCUCAAGCAGACAUCUCCCCGCCGCUCAAGCGCGCCUCGUCACCCAGGCCUUCUAUGCGUUCAGAAAUGUCCGCGCGCAAGAGCUCCACACUCGCUGCUGCAAGAAAGCGCCUCACGUUCUUUUCGUCCAGCCAAACGCUCGGCGGGCUCGCAUCCAAGGCAGAUUCAAAGGCGCCCGCGCGCAAGAAGGCGAAGCCGACGCGUAUCGGCGAGAUGGGUGAGAUCAUAUCCGAGGAUGACGGCGCGGAGAAGAAGCCGGAGAUCAAGGAGCCCGAGAAGGAGGAAGCGAAGACCGGCGGCCCCGCACCCAAGGAGACGGUACCUGCGCCGCCUGCGGACGCUCCGAAGGUGGUAGAAGCAGUCGUCGCGCAGCCCGAAGAGUCUGCUAUGACCACCACGCCGGCAGCUUCUGAAUCCGCAGUGGCUCCCAGCCCUGUUCCUCCCAUCGUCCCUGCUCCAGCAUCUCCCGCCAUCGAUGCGUUGUCCCCGCUCACGCCGACGGCGGACGACUUCCCCGCCGUCCCGGUCGUCGGCGGUCUCCUCGCCUCGGCCACGGCCGCCACGACCCUCGCUGUAGUCGAGCCUCUGAAGACCGAGGAUGCACAGACGGAGGACACCCCAGUGCUCGCUGUCGCAGAGCAGCCGAUCGUCCCCGCCGACACGACGCCGACCGCCGCGGACGCGGACGCUGACGCUCCGCAAGAGACCACCCUCCCGCCCGCACCCGAGCCCGUUGUGCUCACGGGGGAGACGCCUGGCCCGCAAGUCGCGCUCAGCACGAGCGAGCCCGCUGCGCUCGCGGAGCUGUCGACAAAGAUCGAUGAGGUUGUCGCGCAGGCGGCGUCGGAGCCCGAGCUCGAGAAGCUGCCCUCGGCGUUGAACCCGGAGGUCGCCCCAUCGGAGCCCGAAGUCGAGCAGACAGUCGAGGCCGUUCCUGAAGAGGUCGUAGAGGCGGAAGUUGUGCCGUCGGCCGCGCCUGCGGAGGCACCUGCCGUUGUGCAAGGAGCGGCGUUUGAGGAGGCCGAGGAGGCUCCAGUCGUCGAGCCUGUCACUGAGGUCCUAGCCGUUGUGCCUGAUGCGGAUGUUCCUGCUGUUGCGACGGAGGUUGAAGCUCCCGCCGUUGUGGCAGAGGCUGAAGCUCCUGCAGUCGAGGCCGAGGCCGAAGCCCCUGCUCCGGCUGUCGCUGCUGUGUCCGAGGCUACCGAGCCCGCUGCGCCUGCCGAACCUGAAGCUGUCACCACCGAGGCACCUGUCGAGGUCGCCGAGGUUCUCCCUGAGCCCUCCGUUGAAGAGUCACCUGCAGCUGAAGAGGCCCCUGCGGUUGAAGAGCCCCUCGUCGAGGAGACUCCUGUAGUCGAGGAGGCACCUGUGGCUGAAGAGGCGCCUGUUGCUGAAGAAACCUCCGUGGUCGAAGAGGCUGUCGCAGUGGAGGAAGCUGUGCCAACUGAAGCUGCCCCUGUUCAGGAGGAGCUCGCUGUUGAAACAGUCGAAGUCCCCGUUGCCCCGGAACCGGUGGUGGAGGAAGUUUCUGCUCCCAUCGAAGAGAGCACGCCUGCCGCCGUUGAGGAGACUGCUGAGGAGCCUGCUGAGGAGGCUGUUGCGUCACCAGUCGAGGAACCAGUCGCAGAACCUGAGGCACCUGCAACGCAGCCCGAGCUCCCUGAGGAGACAGAGACGCUUACUGCCGCAGAGCCUGAGGCGGCCGCCGAACCCGAGACCGUCAUUGCUGAAGCCGAGCCAGAGCUUUCGAGUGCCCCGGAGCCCGAAGUCGAAGUGCACACGGAGGAGGCCCCGGUACCUGCCGCCGCUGUCGAACCCGUACAAGCGGAGGUUCUGCCGGAAGAAACCCCUGCCGUUGAAGAAGAUGUCGUCGAGGAUGUCGUUGCUCCCGCUGCGGAAGAGGUCGCUGACGAGCCCGCUGCUGAAGAACCUACGGCCCCAGAGGCAGAGGAGCCCGCCGUUACCGAGAGUGCCGAGGUCCCUGCGGCUGAGCCUGAGCCGACUCCUGAAGAGAGUACUGUAGCAGAUGCGCCCAUUCCCGAGGAAUCCGCCGCCGAGCUUGAGGUCGCGGCCGUUCAUGAAGAGCCUGCCGCGGCACCCGAGCCUGCGACCAUCGACGAGCCUCAGGCUACGACGGAGGCCGAGGUUGAGGCUCCUACUGCUGAGAUCGAGGAAGCUCCUGCGGCUGAAGCUGAGGAAGCCCCUACAGCUGUCGAGCCAGAAGUCGAGCAAACCUCUGCAGUCGCCGAGGAGGUUACCGCUGAGGAGCAUGUCCCCGCUGUCGAAGAGGCACCGGUUGCGCCUCAAGUCGAGGCCGAAGCGCCUGCGCAGCCCGCUGUAGAGGAGCCUGCUGAGAUUGCACAGCCUGAGGCCGUUACUGAACCAGAAGCCUCUGAGGAGCCUGAAGCCGCUGAGAAGCCCGAGAACGGCACGGUCCACGCUGAGGUCAAGGCCGCUGAGGACGCGCCGGCAGCUGUAGAAGAAGACGCUGUUGUUAAGGAGGAGCCUGCUGUUGCGGAAGCGAGCAGCGACUAGAGAAACGGUCGCGCUUAUACCUGACCACUGACGGUCCGCCGCGCGAUCACGACAGCUACGAGCACGAGUGGCUGCACGGACGUUCCCGCGAACAUAUCUGCACCACCACGUACGGAAGAUACCCCUCUCCCUUCCCCCAUUUUCCCCUUCCCUACCCCCAUCUAAGUCCCGCCCCCGCGCCUGCCCAUUCAUUUUAUCCACAUAUGCUAUCCUGCUAUCUCUCUUGCCGCUCGCGGGCGCGCGACCCCUCCUGCGCCCACAGUCACGACUGAUGCUAUUUACAGCUUGCUUAUUAUGUCUGGACCGCCCCCUCACCCCCUCAUGUAAUUCCGCCCCGUUCUCCCUCAUGUGUUGAUU